AUGGCUGAAAUCCGCCGCAAGCUUGUCAUCGUGGGUGAUGGUGCCUGCGGUAAGACUUGUCUUUUGAUUGUCUUCUCCAAGGGUACCUUCCCUGAGGUCUAUGUCCCCACCGUCUUCGAGAACUACGUGGCCGAUGUCGAAGUUGAUGGCAAGCGUGUCGAGCUUGCUCUUUGGGAUACGGCUGGUCAGGAAGAUUAUGACCGUCUCCGUCCUCUUUCGUAUCCCGACUCUCACGUCAUCUUGAUCUGUUUCGCGGUUGACUCGCCCGAUUCCCUUGACAACGUUCAGGAGAAGUGGAUUUCCGAAGUGCUUCACUUCUGCCAGGGGCUCCCCAUCAUUCUCGUUGGUUGCAAGAAGGAUCUUCGCAACGACCCUAAGACCAUUGAAGAGUUGACCAAGACUUCUCAGAAGCCGGUCACCUCCGAACAGGGAGAGGAAGUUCGCAAGAAGAUCGGGGCCUACAAGUACCUCGAAUGCUCUGCACGAACCAACGAGGGUGUCCGUGAGGUCUUCGAGGCUGCCACCCGGGCCGCCCUCUUGACUAAGACUCACAAGAAGAAGAAGGGGUGCACCAUCCUGUAA